GUUUCGGAUCUGUUACUUGGGGUAUUCUGCAUGCCUUUCACACUCCUCGGACAAGUGCUGAAGAAUUUCGUUUUCGGUACUACGAUGUGCAAGCUCAUACCGUAUUUUCAAGCUGUGUCUGUGUCUGUUGGUGUUUGGACACUGGUGGCUAUCUCUUUGGAGCGUUACUUCGCUAUCUGUAGACCACUAAAGUCAAGAAGAUGGCAAACACAAUUUCACGCUUACAAAAUGAUCGUUGUGGUUUGGACAGCCAGCCUCACGUGGAACGCACCGAUCCUCGUUGUAUCGCGGUUGAAAAAUAUACGCGGUGGAAGGCGCAAGUGUCGAGAAGAGUGGCCAAGCGUCGGCACCGAGAGAGCUUAUAACCUUUUCUUGGACGGGACUUUGCUUUUAGUUCCUUUAAUCGUGAUGAGUUUGGCUUAUUCUCUGAUUGCGGUGAAACUCUGGCGGGGAUUGCGCCAGGAAAUACGACAAACAUCGAAUUGUCAACAACGUUUGGAGAGAACAGAAUCCAGAGGGACGCGGAACUCAACGUAUGACAAGAGUAAUCGAGGAGCCAGCGCAACGAUUGUCCUGAAUGCUUCCGGCACAUCCUCGAGAUUAAGGCGAGGAUUUUCCUCAUCUUCCCACGGAUACAUCCAUGGUUCUCCGGAGGGAGUACCGUCUAGGGUACGCGUCCCGCGAAUGAGGAUCUCCAGGGUCUUUGGGGGGAAAUGUCAAGGGCCAGAUUAUUCUCACGAGUCGGGAGUGCAAGUUCCCAGCAAUGGAAGUAACUGUCUGUCGAGAGACUUGAAGGAUCCUGGCUGCGAGGAGCAACAGGACACAGCCUAUUCUUUCAACAGACAGCACGUAAUACGCAGCAAUUACAUAGGCAAAAGUGUCGAAGCCAAGAAGAAGGUGAUCAGGAUGCUGUUUGUCAUCGUGCUGGAAUUUUUCGUCUGUUGGGCACCGUUGCACGUGAUUAAUACCUGGUAUCUUUUCACGCCAGAUCUUGUGUAUUCCACGGUUGGAAGUACGGGCAUCAGUUUGGUACAGUUGCUUGCCUACAUUUCCAGUUGCUGUAAUCCUAUCACGUAUUGCUUCAUGAAUCGGAAGUUUCGGCAGGCUUUCCUUGGCCUUUUCGACUGUCAUCGUUGUUGGAGAGUAGGUUGUAGGAACAGCGAUAUUGCUAUGGCUUCAACAAGAAAUGCGGCUCAAGUUGGGAACAACAGCGAGCUAAGCGGAAACGAAUCGACAGUUUACCUUGCGAAAGCAUCCCUUGUCACCAGAUCCGAGGUGGUGCGACUCCUGGAGGAGGAGGAUCGCGUCUAGUACAGGCAGAACGCGUGUUGUAAAGAAAGUCCGAGAACAAACGUUCCAUUACUAUACACUGGUAACGAACAGGACGAUUUUUUCUUAAAGAUAUCUUGGCGUCCAUCCAACGACAGGGUUCCUUUAUCAAAUAACGAUCUACAGAGUUGUUCGUCGAGACCAUCUUGCGUGGACAAUCUUAAUUUCCUUUACGACUGAUGAUAGAAAACUGAUACGUUCUAAUCCUCUAUUUUUCCAAUAUCUUAAUACAAUAUUAUCACACUAUCGGAACGUUCUGUUAUACGAACAUAAUAUUUAUUAACGAUAAAUGCCUUUCCUUCUGUCAGUUUACAGAUAUAUCUUCAUUGCAGACUUAACGUGCUUUUCAUAAUUGCAAAAAGAAUUUACUAAACUACGGGAUGAAAGAUUGAAAUAUUAAGAGAACAUAAAAAUCGACAAAAGGAAGGAUUUCGAUGGUUUGAAGUACAAAAAGAACUGAAGAAAAUUAUUCAUAUUUAAAAAAGA